GUUUACAUGUGCGAUUUCUAAAUUUGAACACCAGAGGCAGCACUGAACAGCGUAUGCCAAUUGAAUACUAUACGUGUAACGUGUACAGUGAGAGAGGGGAGAACAGAGAGGCAGCAGCAGCAGCACAUACAAUUAAAGCCAAGCGGUCUCCACUCUUCAUAGUCAGUUGGCCGUAGAAAUCGUGGCGAAUACAGCUCAAGAUCAAGCCUCGGUGAGCUAAUGAUUCUAGCAUCAUUUCUAUAGUAUCGUAGGUUGUCUCAGACCAGCCGUUUACCUUACCUAGCCUCACCAAUUCUUUUAGUAAUCGUGUACAAGACUUGAGUUGCCAAAGACGAGAUUUGCUUGGCAGUCAACAGUGCCAGUACAAUAAUUGUGUUUGCAAGUGACUCGUUCCCUGACUUUUCAUGUGCUCUUUGCAAAAAACUGUGCUGCCUAGUGUUUUCUUUCUUUUAGGUUACUGCAGUUUUCGACUGACUCAACAUAGUUUUACAAAUUACUUGUAAUUUUUUAACUUUAUCAUCUGCUUAUUAGCAAACAAUUUAUAUGGGCUGAGAAUUCUAGAACAAACCGAGGCACAGGCCCAUUAAUACGCCCACUAAUAGAGUGUUCGCUCAUAUUAUUGACCAAAAACACCCAGUUGAAUCGUCAACAUGAGUACUCAAAACCCUCAAACCACUAGUAAUAGUGCUGGAUCGCCCCGCACCCUCGGCAUGACUUCAGCGAUAAGCACUGCAGAACCUAAAGCUAUCGAUCGUGCAAAAACGGCAGAGCUUCAAGCAACAUUGGAACGGUUUAAUGUAAACGAGACUCAAGAAGAACUCAAUCAACGAAUGGAAAUAUUGAGCAAACUCAAUACACUUGUGAGAAAGUGGAUUCGUGACACUAGCAUUGGAAGAAAUAUGCCUGCUAAUGUAGCCGACCAGGUCGGAGGUAAAAUUUACACCUUUGGGUCUUACAGGUUAGGAGUACACGAUAAAGGAGCCGACAUAGAUGCACUAUGCGUCGCUCCAAGACACAUAACAAGAGAAGAUUAUUUCUCAUCUUUUUUUGAGCUACUUAAAGCUCAGCCUGAGGUAUCUAACUUGAGAGCUGUCGAAGAAGCCUUUGUGCCAGUUAUAAAAAUGAAUUUUGAUGGCAUUGAAAUCGAUAUGCUUUUUGCGCGACUAGCAAUGAAAGAGGUUCCAGAAUCAACAGAUUUAAAAGAUGAUCUUAUUUUAAAAAAUCUUGAUGCAAAGUGUGUCAGGAGUUUGAAUGGCUGCAGAGUCACUGAUGAGAUACUACGUCUUGUACCAGACAUUAACAACUUUAGAUUAGCUCUCAGAGCAAUUAAAUUAUGGGCCAAAAAACAAGGCAUAUAUAGCAACGUACUUGGCUAUCUUGGUGGAGUUUCUUGGGCCAUGUUGGUGGCUAGAACUUGUCAACUAUAUCCAAAUGCUGUUGCUGCAACGCUUAUUGAAAAGUUUUUCCUUGUUUUUUCCUCCUGGAAAUGGCCAAAUCCUGUGUUUCUGAAGGCACCAUCUAAUCCAAAUCUUGGGUUUACUGUUUGGGACCCAAGAAUCAAUGUUCCAGAUAGAUAUCAUUUAAUGCCUAUCAUCACUCCAGCAUAUCCUCACCAAAACUCAACUUUCAAUGUUUUAGCAUCAACUCGUCAAGUUAUGCAAACAGCUUUUGAAAAUGGCCUAGCAACAACACAAUUGAUAAAUAUGGGUAAAGCUGAGUGGAGCUCAUUAUUUGAGCCCCCAGAUUUCUUUGGUACAUAUAAACAUUAUGUGCUGUUAAUGGCCAAUAGUGAAAAUGCAGAAGAUCAGUUAGAAUGGUCUGGAAUGGUUGAAUCCAAAUUGAGACACUUUGUUGGAGUUCUAGAGAGGAAUCAUACAAUAUCUUUAGCACACAUCAAUCCUACAUCAUUCAAACCUCUAAAUGAGGAAGAAAAUCAAUUUAUGACUAUGUGGUUUAUCGGACUUACUUUUAACAAAACUGAUAAUGGAAAAAUCAAGGUUGAUUUAACCAGUGAUGCUCGCUCAUUUGUCGACAACACAAUGAGACAUGCUGAACAAAUCAAAAUGUAUCGAAAAGGUAUGUCGAUUGAUGUUAGAUACUUGAAGAAAAAAGAUUUGGCUCAAUACGUUCCUGCAUCUCUCCUUCAAAAGAAAGUUAAAAGUUCUAAUGGCAGUACAUCUCCGAGAAAUGAAAUGGACUUACUUUCGAGGAAAAGGAAGUCUGAUCAAGACUUUGGCGACUCUGCUGAUAAAAAAAGACGAACGGUUGAGGAUGAAAGUAAUGAAGUUAAGAAGGAAGAUUCUUGUGAAGUCGAACAAACUUGUGAAGAUAGUAAUUCUGGAUUUAGCAUAGAAGAUUAUAGCUCUAGCUAUGAAUCUACAAAAGAUGUAAAAACUUAAACCUAAAUAAGUCAUUAGGUUUGUUAGCAAACAUUUUAAGACAACAAUGAAUAUUUACCAAGAAAAAAAUAUUUUAAAAGUCAUCACUGCCUCUUAAAAAUUCUUCAGCAACACGUAAGUCAAUAAUAAUAAUAAUUUUUAGUUUUUCAUUAUGUUUGCUAUUAAAACAAAUGUUAAAUCAUUGGACUAUUUUUGAAUUGAUUCUUAAGUCAUCAUAAAAAAAUCAUAAAAAGACUUUUCUAGAUAAGUUUAAGAAACAAAUUUUUUUAUUACAUUCAAAUAAUGUUUAAAAGAAUGAUAUUUUGUGUGAAAAAACUGUAAAUUCAUGAAUUUGCAUGUUUCAAAAAUUUGUUUUUUGAAUAUAGUUACAAUACCAACUGUGAUAUAUUGUGUAAUUCACCUCAUUAUAGGUUGGAAACUUCUCAAUUCUAUAAUACUUACUAAUAUCAUCAAAAAUAACAAAAAAAAUUGCAUAUAAAAAAACUGUAUAAGUUUUAAAAAACUCUCAGUAAAAAUUUUAAAUUAAAAAAAAAAGUUACAAAGUUGGCAUCAAUAUUCAUAGUGUCAUUUGAUUAAAUUAGGUGAGCGUGUAAUUGCAGUGUGUGAAAGCAGUGAAUUGAAAUUAUAUUAAAAAUACUUCGGUAACUUCAUAAAGUAAAUUUUACUAUUUGUAACACACGUAAAAUA